GAGCUCUACAACGAGAGCAAAGAGAACUGGGAGAACUUUGAUAGAAUCGACAAUAUAUAGCUCAAUCCGCAAUUUCCGUGGCUUAUCAACUCAUUAGAGAGUAAGUCCGAGUAAAACAAAAUUUUUGCGCAGUUUUUGCGAAACAAAACAAACGAGCGGACCACAAUAAAAUAUAAAUAAAAUGUGCCGGAAUCUUCAGUUUGUUUUGCUCGCUAUUGUAAUCCAUAUAGUGGGAUCUCAGAAUGGACAGGAAUCGGUUGAGGAAGUGGAAUCGAAUACAGAUUCAGAGGUCGAUUCGGGCCAGUUCUUUAGCCAUCUAUACAAAAGCAAUCUGCAACAGUUGGUGAAGAUUAAGAAUAACUCAUUAGAUCCGUGUGAUGAUUUCUAUGCUCACGCUUGCGCAAAUUUUGACCAAGCACUGGAAGAGGAUCCAGAUGAAACUUUGCCACCUUAUCUCUAUAACAAACAGGAUAGGAUGACAUUUUUUUCGGCUCAGGUUGGCAAUUUUGAAACCCUACCUGGAAGGUUAAUUUCUCAACUUUAUGCGGAAUGUCGACAGCGGGACGAAAGACAUGUUUUCAGUGUAACUCCUUUAAAGUCCCACUGGGAACGUCUCCUGGAUGAGGUUCCCUUCCUGGCCAGAAAUGCAGAAGUGCUCUCGUCUUGGCCAUUUCUCCGACAUCAAUGGGAGCGAAGACAUCUUAAUGGGCAGCUUAAUUGGAUUGUCCUAUCGGCUCAACUGGCAGCUCAUGGUCUACCGACUCUACUCAACAUCUAUUUUGCCUUGGACACGAUUUAUGUGAGUCCAAUGGAGGAUCUGCCCUGUCCGAGUACGGAGGAUUUCAAAUCUAGCCUCUCGGAUGUUUUAGAGGGUCGCCAUCAUCAGAUAUCCCAUAUAAUAGCCCAUGAGAUGAGGGUUCUUUGUCGCGGAAUGAGGGGAGAACUCCCACUGACUAGGAGUUUGACAAGAAACGGCAGGACCACCACUCCCAGUCCUAGACAAGAGCAGCUCCAGCUAGAUGAAAACACGAUAGAAUAUUUUCAACACUUUUUUGCAGCACUAAACUUCUCUAAAGAACAGCUGGAGUUAGCUCGAAAAUUUCCCCUAGAUGUGGAGAAGAUCACCCAGGCUUGGGAUGUUUUGAGGCAAACCGAACCCCGAAUAGUUUACAACUAUGUGAUGUGGCAGGCCAAGGAGCACCUUCGGUAUCCGGAUUGUUAUAAAGUAUCAGAGGAAUUCGAGAGAUUGUUGCAUUCGGAAUACUGGCAGUGGCAUGUCUUAAAUCCCCAUCUGAGUAGGGAAGUGGCUCUAGCUUCCUAUCAACUCCAUACAACUCGGUUUCAGAAGCUAAGAAGAUCCAGUCUGUCCAGAAGAGAUUGGUUUGGUCAUCUGUGGCCAGCUUCGGUGGAAAAAAAGGAGCUUCAGGUGGCCCGCAUCCUUCACGCUCAUGCCCAAAACUACCUAAAUAUAACCGAACUUAAUGAAAACUACAGCGGUUUGGGUUUCGUCAAUAACUCAUUUCAUGGAAAUCUCCUGCUCCUUAGAAGGGCUCAACUACGUCAUAGCUUUGAAUCGCCCUACGUCGACGAGGAGGAUGUUAACCAGCCCGCCUAUUUCCUCAGGCAUUUCCUCCAUUUUGUGCUGCUUUCUUUGCAUCGUCCGACUUAUCACUAUUAUGCCACCCAGGGCUUGGAACUUUGGAGGCAAUCCGGACUUCUGCUGGACACCGAUGGUCGCUAUACCGCCAUGGAUUGCCUCGAAACGCAAUCCUUCCAAAACUACGAUGCGGAAUCAGCUCCUAUCUAUCGAAAACUCAGUUCGGAGGAGAUCGGGGAGAUCUUUCACUUUCAUCGAUCGUUUCAGGCAUCUCUCAGGGACUAUCACUUCUGGCUCCAGGGUGAAAGAUUCGCCUUUGCCGAGACCUUUGUACUGAAGUUCUUUGAAUUGGAUCCGCAGAAGGUGCUCUUUUAUGCGGUGGCCCAGCAACAUUGUAAUCGCCAGACGGAGAUCUUUGCCGCACAACUCAAUAGGGGAUAUAUGAAUAUGCCUGAAUUCCAGGACGCUUUCAAGUGCACAACCGGAAAACCUAUGAAUCCCUCGUCCAGAUGCAUGAUCAACAAUUGCGAAUAACACUGUAUUCUUUUAACGAUAAAAUAAAAUUUGUCCAAAAUAC